AUCUCUGUUCCCUCCUCUGCUCUGUUGCAGGUCGCAGCCCUGGAGAGGCAGAUCUUUGAUUUCCUGGGAUACCAGUGGGCUCCCAUCCUGGCAAAUUUUUUACACAUCAUGGCUGUUAUUUUGGGUAUUUUUGGGACCAUCCAGUACAGAUCCAGAUACCUCAUGAUGUAUGCAGUGUGGCUGGUGCUGUGGGUUGGCUGGAACACCUUCAUCAUCUGCUUCUACCUGGAGGUCGGACGUUUGUCACAGGAUAGAGACUUCAUCAUGACCUUCAAUACCUCACUGCAUCGCUCGUGGUGGAUGGAGAAUGGGCCAGGCUGCCUGGUGACCCCAGUGAUGAACUCCAACCUGGCACCUGAGGACCACCACGUCAUCACGGUCAGCGGCUGCUUGCUGGACUACCAGUACAUUGAGGUGGUGAGCAGUGCCACACAGAUAUUCCUGGCGCUCUUUGGCUUUGUCUAUGCCUGCUACGUCAGCAAAGUGUUCCUGGAGGAGGAAGACAGCUUCGAUUUCAUCGGUGGGUUUGACUCCUACGGGUACCAAGCUCCACAGAAGACAUCACACCUACAGCUACAGCCACUCUACACCACUGGGGACAGCCCUGGGGGGGCUUUGGG